AUCUUCGAAAGAAAAAAAUCUCUCUACUAAUUGAGCGUUGGCUAUAAAAUUCUUUUCUUUUCUCCUCCCAAAUGAAUGCUUGAAGCAAAGCAAAUGGCCCAAAGGCGUGAAAAGUGCAAUUUAUUCCCAUUGAUAUUGCCUCCCUAACCGAAUCAAACGGACAGUUGGGUCCCAGUACUAUUAUACCGCCCGCGCGUUCAGCAGAUGGCCAAUCAGUAAUGCCAAACGCCAGAUCUCACAAAAUGUAUGGAAAAGCCGCCUUCGCCCUCAUCUUCGCCUUCCUCCUGCUCCUCACCUACUCAAUCUUCAUCGGCACCGUCGACAUCCGAUCCUACUUCCUCCCGCUCCUCCCCUCAUCGCCGCCGCCGGUUGUCCAGUCCCUCUGCGCCACCACCUCCCCGCCUCUCAAGGUCUACAUGUACGAUCUCCCGCGCCGCUUCAACGUCGGAAUUAUGAACCGCCGGAGCACCGACCAGACUCCUGUCACCGCCCGGACUUGGCCUCCGUGGCCAAAGAACUCCGGGCUCAAGAGGCAGCACAGUAUUGAGUACUGGAUGAUGGGCUCGCUUUUGUUCGACAGUAAUGGCGGUGACGGGAGAGAGGCGGUUAGGGUUUCUGAUCCGGAAUUGGCCGAUGCGUUCUUUGUGCCGUUUUUCUCUUCGUUGAGCUUCAAUACUCAUGGGCACAACAUGACAGACCCGGAUACUCGGAUUGAUCGCCAAUUGCAGAUAGAUUUAUUGAAAAUCUUGGGAGAAUCAAAGUACUGGCAAAGAUCUGGAGGGCGAGACCAUGUUAUCCCUUUGACACAUCCCAAUGCUUUCAGAUUUCUUCGGCCACAGGUCAAUGCGUCAAUUCAGAUCGUUGUAGAUUUUGGCAGGUAUCCUCAUGUAAUGUCAAAUCUGAGCAAAGAUGUGGUCACCCCAUACGUACAUGUUGUGGAUUCCUUUACAGAUGAUGACCGUCCAGAUCCAUUUGAGUCCCGUACUACGCUUCUUUUCUUCCAGGGAAGGACAUACAGGAAAGAUGAAGGCAUUGUUCGUGUUAAACUGGCAAAAGUCUUAGCUGGUUAUGAUGAUGUUCACUAUGAGCGAAGUGUUGCAACAGGAGAGAACAUAAAAUUGUCUACGCGACGAAUGCGUUUAUCAAAGUUCUGUCUGCAUCCUGCUGGAGACACUCCUUCAUCUUGUCGCCUAUUUGAUGCUAUUGUGAGCCACUGUGUUCCUGUCAUCGUGAGUGAUGAAAUUGAGCUCCCGUUUGAGGAUGAAAUUGACUACACCAAAUUCUCACUAUUCUUCUCAUUCAAAGAGGCUUUGAAACCUGAUUACAUGGUUAAUCAGCUCCGUAAUGUUUCAAAGGAGAGAUGGAUUGAAAUGUGGAGGACACUUAAGAAUAUCUCCCACCAUUUUGAAUUCAAUUACCCCCCAGAGAAAGAGGAUGCAGUCGAUAUGCUAUGGAGACAGGUGAAGCACAAGCUCUCUGCUGUCAAACUUUCUGUACAUAGAAUCCAAAGGUUGAAAAUACCAGACUGGUGGCGGAGGAGAAAGUGAUUUCAGGAGCUAGCGUUUGUUGUAUAUUCAAGAUCCUUUUUUCCAUCAUAGUGACAACCCUUAACGGGGUAAAGAAAUAUAGGCACCACAACACCCACAGAUUCUGCGGGUAAUGUUUGAGAGAUUCAAUAGCAUUCUUCAUAGCUUGCGGCUUAUCUAUUCAUUGACCCUGCCAAUUUUCUGUGUCAUUUGAGAGAUUCAGUACCGUUCUUCAAGUCACAUAUUGGGAGGUAUUUUCUCUUGAUGAUCAGUUGCAUCGGGUUACUAAUUUUUUAACAAUUGCUAGUUGUCGGACUCUUGAGCACUGUAAAUUUAUUUGAGUUCUAAUGUUGUAAUAACAUGGCCGUUCGCAUUGCCGCUGAUUUUGGCUAUCGUGGUAUAUUUUCUAGCUUUUCCAAUGCA